AGUGGACAUCGGCGAGGCAGGCUACCCGGGCGUGGGGCUCUCAGUCCCUGCUCAUCAGCUGUGCCCUUUUGAUUUUUCCACCCGGAGAAGCCCAUGAGUUUCCAGGGGACUUUAAUGAAAGCCUAAUAUUUCUGGGCCAGCUGUCUCGGUGACAGCCUCCCAUCUCGGUCCCCUGCUCUGAGGAGAGUGAGCUUCGCCCCUUCCAUUUUGUUCUCCUCCUCGUCAGGAGCUGCGGGCUCGCCCUCCUUCCCACCUGAAGAGUGAAUGAAGACUUUCAGGUAAAUACCACACAGGAAUAGUGAGAGGGACAUUGAUUAUCGACGUGGCCUGGUCAACAUCAAGUUAAGGUCCCCUCGUUGUUUUCCAGUGAUGCUGCAGAAGUAGUCUUUGCCAGUACUUCUUUCCUUCAUUCAGCCAGAGCUCUUCACACCACCAUGGGUUGCAUGAAAUCAAAGCAAACCUUCCCAUUUCCUACCACACUGGAGAAUGAGAAGCGACAUGAGAGUGAAGAAAACUUUAUACCAGAAGAGAGACUUCUACCUAAGAUACCCUCUCCAGAUAUCACCCCAACAGCUGAGAAGGAAGUUCCACCACCGAAUACUACGAUCCUUGAAUAUGCAGAGUCCCUAGCUCAGGAGAUCAUGGAGGACGCUGUGAAUCAAUGGGCAAGCAAUAACACCAAGUACUGUGACAUCCCAUACAUUGAGAAUGACAGCUCUGACACUGCAGGAUGACAGAACUUUCCUGAACUUUGCAUAUAGCUGGUGCUAGUUUAAAUACAUGAGGCAAAAGCAAAUGUUGGUGUGAAUAAGUACAAAUAAGUCUAUCUAGAUGUAAAAACAGGUGAAGAAUGCCACAAGUGUAGGAAUAACUAAGAAGAAAUGUGUUUUAAGCAGUUCUCUAUUAAUGGCAAUACAGAUUGCACCUGGUGUCACAGGCUGGACAGAGGCCCUGUGUCUCAGUAAUUAGCUGUAAUGCCAUAGCACAUCUUCCCCAUGCACUAAUGUGAUCACCAAAGAGAAAUAAGUGCCCAAGUUCCAAAUGGCUGUUUUAAUAGAUUUUGUUGUGGUGGUGGUUGUUGUUGAUUGUGGGGCCUGA